AUGCCUUCAACAAAGCCCCGAUCAGCGCUCUCAUUAACCGAGCAGCUUGCAUUACUGGAAAAUCCUGCUCCGACUGACUUCGAUCCAGAGGCUCUAGAGGAAGAGCAAUGGGAUGGUGAAGGUAGCGAUGAUUCCGAAGGUAGUGAAAACGAGGGAGAACAUACUGGAAGGGAACAUUAUGUUGCCGUAGGAAAGAGCAAAUUGCGAAAAGGGCAUCCUGUAUUACUGGACCCAAAAUACAACGGGGCCAAAGUGAGUCGCGAUAAGCUAUACGACAGUAAUGAAGACGAAGAAUCGCGAGAUUCCGCGGAUUCCGAAGACGAAGAGGACGAAAAAUCAGACGCUGAAUCAACUGGGGGUGUCGAACUCAACAGCGAGGACGAUAUCCGGGACGGUACACCACUCAGCGGCGAAGAUGACGAAAUUGAUAGCGACGAUGCAUUAGGGAGUGAGGAAGAGAAGUUCGCUAGCUUCAAAUUCAGGGGAAGUACUACAAUACAAAAAAUGAACGGUGCCGCAGGUUCCAGCGGGGAAAGUUCUGGAGACGAGGGAAACGAUGAAGUUGAUGGAGAUAAUGACGAGGAGGAAAGUAAUGAAGAGGAUGGGAAUGAAAACUCUGAUGAGGAAGACAUUGAAAUGGAAGAUGAUGAAGAGGAAGAUGAUGAAGAGGAAGAUGAUGAAGAUGAAAGUGAGGAUGAAGAUAAUCAAGAGGAAGAGAUCGCCCGGAGAGCGCAACUGCGAAAAAUGAUGGCCGAAGAGCAAAAGAAUGUGGUUAAGAGCAUCUCUAAAGCAGCAAAAGCAGACGCAGACAAAGGUUCUGCCGUUCGGCAACAACAAAAAACUUUCGACUCAUUCCUCAGUAUUCGUAUCAAGCUCCAAAAGGCUUUAAUAUCUACAAAUUCCCUACCAGAGACUCCGGCCGAGCCAGAAUCAUGGAAAGCUGCUGAAGGUGCCGCAUUAAAGUUAUGGAACAUACUUCAUGAUCUCCGUUGUGACCUCUCUGAUUCUCGAACUGGCAACAAACGAAAACGUGAUGACGAGGAUACCGUCGACACCACUACUGAAGCUCUUGCGACCAAAAUACAUCAACUCGAUCGCGAUGCUGCGCCCUGGCGGGAAACGACACUUGAUAAAUGGUCUGGAAAAACUCAAGGCGUUUCCACGGCUAACCUUGGAAAGAAAUUAAAUAACGCUGCUUCCACCCAUCGUUCCCUUGUUGCCUCAAUCAAUGAGACACUUAGCUAUGAUCAAGACCGGUUGAUUAUCCGUACUCGUACCCCACGAUCGAUGGCGCCUGGAUGUACUGAAGCCGAGCAUCCAGAGAUCUUUGACGAUGCGGAUUUCUAUCAACUUCUCCUUAAGGCCCUGGUAGAUCGACGAAUGGUAGAUGGCGGGGCGGGAGCAGGAGCAGGCGCGAUAACAUGGACAACCGCCAUGCGUGAUUCGAAGAAGAAAAAGGUCGUGGAUACAAAAGCGAGUAAAGGAAGAAAAUUGCGAUAUCAGGUGCAAGAGAAGAUUCAAAACUUCAUGGCUCCCUUGGAAAACAAUACCUGGCAUGAACAACAGAUUGAUGAGCUGUUUUCUAGCUUGUUGGGCCAAAAGGUCAAGGUCGAUGAAGAUGAAGAAGACGCGGAAGAAAAAGAUAUUGAGAUGGAUGGUUUGCGGCUAUUUAGGAGUUGA